AUGGGAUCUCGAUCCAAAUCGCCUUCAUAUAGACGACGCAACAGUUCGCCAUCGAAAAGAUACUCACGUUCACCACCUUCUUCAAGAAGAAGAGGUAAUAACAGCCGUUCUCGAUCACCACCACCUCGUCUGAGCAGAUCCAAUCGCUCACGAUCCCCACAACGUAGACAAAAUCGAGACGAAAGUUACCGCAAUAAUAACCGUCAUUAUGGCAAUAGCAGCAGACGAAGUGCAGAUGGCGAUAAACGGAAGCGGGGAUUUGAAUGGGGAAGACCCGAAGAUAAUGAAGCAGAACAAGCAGAAGAACCUAUUGUAGAAAAGGCACAGCCCAAUUUCGGAUUGUCAGGAAAAUUAGCAGCAGAGACGAACACAGUCAAUGGCGUAGAGUUAAAAUACACGGAACCACCAGAAGCUGCAAAACCUACAUUAAAAUGGAGAUUAUAUGUUUUUAAAGGAAGUGAACAAAUAGAUUUAUUACACAUUCACAGGUCAAGCUCCUUAUUAAUAGGAAGAGAUCGCGCUGUUGCGGAUAUACCGGUAGAUCAUCCAUCAUGUUCGAAACAACAUGCUGUGUUACAAUAUAGACUCGUCAAUGCUGAAGAUGAUACAGGAAAACCAACCAAAGUCGUAAAGCCCUUUAUCAUUGAUCUUGAAUCAACGAAUGGAACGUUUUUAAACGGUGACAAGAUUCCACAGACAAGAUACGUAGAAUUACGUGCAAAGGAUGUGCUUAAAUUUGGAGAAAGUACAAGAGAGUAUGUCCUGCUACACGCAUAA